AUGAAGGCUUUGCACGGCUCAGAAGAGGCACGGGAAGUUGUAGAGAAAGGCUAUGAUGAACCAGAGAAUGAAGGAGCUUUAAGUCAAGCUCAAAGGAAUGCCUUGCAAAGGUACUGCAAAUUAGAUCAACACGCUCUCUCUAUUAUUCAUAUGGGGAUAGAUGAAGCCAUGUUCGAGAAAGUCGCUUCUUCAACAAAAGCUAAGGAAGCUUGGGAGAUUUUCAAAAGAAUUGAAAAAGUGAAGAAGGUUCACCUUCAAAUCUUUCAUGGAGAGUUCGAAUCUCUGCACAUGAAAGACUCUGGGGAGAAUAUUGAAGAAAGUCGUAUUAUCGAGAAAAUUCUUAGAUUACUUGACUCAAAACUUGAGUUUGUUGGUAUUACCAUUGAAGAGUCCAAUGACUUGGAUACCAUGACCCUUGAACAACUCAUGGGGUCCUUGCAAAAAGAGCAAGGAAGAUCUCAAGGAAGAGGUCAAAUUCAUGGUCGAGGUCCUGGUAAUGGUCGUGGAGGAAAUUAUGGUCAUGGUAAUGAAAGAAAUGAUGGAAAACAAAAUUUGAAUAAUGAAGGAUCAAGCAAUCAAUCGAGAGGACAGGUGCAUUGGAACUAUAGCUCCAAGAGAGGUUGUGGAAAAAGAUAUGACAAGUCCAAUGUUCAAUGUUACACUUGUCAUAAAUAUGGUCACUAUGCUUUCGAAUGUAGGAGUGACACCACCAAUAAUGAAGAGAGAGUUAAUUAUGUUGAAGUAAAGAAAGAUGAAGAAUUAUUGUUGUUGUUGUUGGCAACCAAAGAAGAAAAUGAUAAACAAUCAUGGUACCUUGACACCGAUCCUGCCAAUCACAUGAGUGGCAACAAGGAGUUAUUCUCAACAAUAAAUGAGUUGAUAAAAGGCAACAUUGUUUUUGGAGAUGAAACCAAGGUUCCAAUAAAAGACAAAGGUGAUGUUCUUAUUCAUGCUAAAAAUGGAAAUCAUCUUUUGACUUUUCAAGUUUAUUAUGUACCUACUUUGAAGUCUAAUAUUUUGAGUUUGGGACAAUUACUUGAGAUUAGCUAUAACAUUCACUUGAAGAAUUGUUGCGUUAUGUUAAGAGAUGUUUCACAUAAACUGAUUGCAAAGGUGCCAAUGGAGAAGAAUAGAAUGUUUUUUUCUCAACGUCAAUGUUGA